ACUUCAAAAUGCAACUUUUGUUUGGCACCACAGAUGAAGUACCAUUUAUGUUCGUCUGACCAACUCGAACCUUGAAACUGCAAUCUCAUCGCACAAAAAUGACAUUUCCCGUCUCUUGACCAUGGUCCAACGAUGCAGUUAAGGGAGAUAUGAUUCCGAAAUAUCGUUGAUUCGACAGCGCAUAAUGCCUAGGUAGGUACUAGCUAAAAGUGCCGCGGCUCCCGAUUCACUUUUGCAUGGUAUAAUAGUUCCGGUAAUUUCUGUGCUCGUAUGACUUCCCGGCAAUUCAGGAGAUCAUUCAGGUUAAAAUCGGAUUGGAAUCUGGGGAAAUUUGUGGGGAUUAAGAAAUCUAUUUCUACCUGUCGAUCUUCUUAAGACAGAUGAGUUAGACCUCCAGAUUUUCAUCUUUCAAUCAAUUCUGACAGCAAACUUUCCAGUUUUGUCUUCAAAAUGCGUGCCUCUCAAGCACUUUCCAUCGUUGGAUUUGCCCUAACAGCAACUUGCAUGACAAUCAAGCGUCAAGAUGAGCAAACCAAUCUCAAGAGACAGGGCUGGACAUCAGCUGGCUGCUAUACCGAUAAUGUUUCCGGUCGUGCUCUGACUACCCCAGGAGGAAUACCUGGAGGACCCAGCGGUAUGACCAAUGAAGCUUGUCAAACUGCUUGUGCGGGAGCUGGUUUCUCGUGGGCAGGUACCGAGUACGGAGGAGAAUGUUGUACGUCAAUUUCUUUUCCGGUUACCUCACAAAUCUUACUGAUUAUUCAUGAAUAGGGUGUGGCAACUCAGUCAUCAAUGGAAACGGACCUGCCCCAGAUGGAAAUGCUGGUUGUAACAUGGCCUGCAAGGGUAAUGGCGGACAAACAUGUGGUGGUCCAAAUCGUCUUACUGCGUUUCAAACUGGUGGUGGAUCUAGCACGCCUCCCUCCAACCCUGCUCCAAGCAAAUCUGGCAAACGUGGUUUAGCAUUUGAUUCCAAUAAUAAGUAUGGUGAUGCGAGCUUCGGUAAUAUGUUCAAGCAAUACAGUAAGGUUAGUUGGGGUUAUGAUUGGGGAUAUACGAAUCAUGGUUUAGAUUCAAGUCUUGAUUUGUGAGUUACUUUGAUUUUCUUCCUCUUCUCUCUUUUCCUUUCUUUGUAUUCCUUGAUUAAAAAAUACGAUAUCGAAUGAAACUAAUAACAUUCUCAGCGUUCCGAUGCUUUGGGGUAACCCCAAAGCCGUUGAUCAGAAUUGGGUUACAGCCACCCAGAGUGCGAAGAGUGUCCUCGGCUUUAACGAACCAGAUCUCACUUAUGAACAAUCUUCCAACAUGCUUCCUGAAGUAGCAGCUCAAGGAUACAAAUCAUGGAUUCAACCAUUCGCAGGUCGGGUUCGCAUUGGUGGCCCUGGUGUUUUAUGGAACAAUUGGAAUAGUGUAAGUAAUUACCUCUCUUAGAUAUCCGAUACCCAUCAAGUGCUCUUGACAUUACCUCAUUCUCAUUUGCCCCACGGUACCUUACUAAACCCCAUUUAGUGGUCCUCAGGCGGCGGCUACAGUUCCCGCGUCUGGACUCAAUAUUUCAUGGGCAAUUGUACCGGGUGCCACAUCGAUUUUGCCGCCAUCCACUAUUAUCAAGACUGUGUUCCCACAUCGGGCGCAUCUGGAACGGAUUGGUUUAUCGCCAAUGUAACAAAUGCUCACGAUACACUCAAAAUGCCCAUCUGGAUUACGGAAUUCCAAUGUUAUGGCACGGAUGAGCAACAGGCGCAAUUCUUGAGGACGGUUUUGCCCUGGUUGGAUAGUCAGAGUUGGGUCGAGAGAUACGCGUAUUUUGGGGCUUUUCCGAAUUUUUUGCUUAAUGUUGAUGGGUCGGCUUUGAGUCAGGCGGGUCAGGCGUAUGUUAAUUAGGGAUGGGAUGGGAUGAUUGGUUAUCUUAGAGGUUAGGGAAUGGUGGUUGGUUUGGCGGGCGGCUUUCUGAUGGAGCUUUUAGUUUGGGUUUUUACUGAUCUAUUAACCUUAUCUGAAGAGGUUGCAGAUACCUUGGAUAUGAAUAAUUUAGGGUUAUUCGAUAAAAAUCCAACUUCUUAGAAGUUAGGUUUGAUCAGUGGGUAAUUAAAAUGUUGCAAUGAUAUCUACCUACCUACCUACCUACCUACCUAUCUAGGAAA